CCGGGAACGGCUCCUGAUCCUGGGAAACAUCCCGGGAACGGCUCCUGAUCCUGGGAAACAUCCCGGGAACGGCUCCUGAUCCUGGGAAACAUCCCGGGAACGGCUCCUGAUCCUGGGAAACAUCCCGGGAACGGCUCCUGAUCCUACGGAAACAUCCCGGGAACGGCUCCUGAUCCUACGGAAACAUCCCGGGAACGGCGGCUGAUCCUGGGAAACAUCCCGGGAACGGCGGCUGAUCCUGGGAAACAUCCCGGGAACGGCGGCUGAUCCUGCGGAAACAUCCCGGGAACAUCCCGGGAACAUCCCGGGAACGGCGGCUCCCGCUCCCGCUGCACCCCCGGCACCGCCCCCCGUGCUCUCCCGGGAUGUCCCUGCCAGCCCCGGGCCAGGCCCUGCCGGCGCCGGAGCCGCUCCGGAGGCACGGGAACAUCCCGAGCCUGGAGCCCCUGCCUGCUCCAGCCCUCCUGGCUCUCCCUGGCCGUGCCCAGGAGCCGGGAUGUGGCAGCCACCACCUGGCGCUGCAGAGGAUGGCCGGGGACCUGCUGUCCCUGCGGCGCCGUGUCGCCAGCCUGGAGGCCGAGAACGCGCAGCUGCGGCACAGCCUGGCACGGCAUCGGGAGGCGGAGCAGCUCUGCGGCACCGACACGGACACGCUGACCCGGGACGAGCUGCGGGACAGGCUGGCCACCCUGUCCCGCGAGCUGGCGGCGGGCGCGGCGGAGCUGCGGGCGCGGCGGGCCCGGGAGCAGCGGCUGCAGAACGAGCUGAUCCGGGUAGGGCCCCGCGGGCACCGGGGGCUGCCCCGGGCUCGGGCCGUGCCCGGCACUCCCGGGCCGCUCUCUCCGCAGAAGAACGACCGCGAGCAGGAGCUGCUGCUGCUCCAGCGGCGCCGGCAGCGGGACAAGGUGAUCGAGGCCAUGGAGCGGCUGCUGCGGGACAGGAGCGCCGAGAGAGCCGCGGGUGCCACCCUGGCGGCGCUGCUGGCCCCGAAGCGGGAGGAGCCGCCCGGAGCCGCGCGGCUCCGCGGGGCCCGCGAGAAGCUGGAGCUGCUGGCCCGGCUGGAGGAGGCGCAGGGCCGGGCCCGGGCGCUGGAGAGGCAGCUGCAGGAGGCCGCCCGGAGCCGGGCCCGGGAGCAGCAGGAGUUGGGGACGCGCCUGCGGGAGCGCGGGCUGGCCCUGAUGUUGGGAGUGUCUCCUGCCCGGAUGUUGAGAUAAGAUCCUUCUGGAGCGCCUGGAUCUGGGGAGUUGUUCUGUCCAGAUGUUGGGAUCGGGAUCUUCCGGAGUCCCUAGAAAAUGGGAUUUGAUCUCUUCAGAUGUUGGGAUCAGAUCCUUGCCCAGAUGUUGGCACUGGGAUCUUCUGGAACCCCUGGAUCUGGGAAUUGCUCCCACCCAGAUUGUGGGAUGGGAACAUUUUCCAGCCCCUGGAUAAUGGGAUUUGUUCUCUCCAGAUGUUGGGCCAGAUUUGGGGAUUUGGGGUUUGGGAUUUGAGAUUUGCGGAUUUUGAAUUUGGGGGUUUGGGAUUGGGGAUUGAGGAUUUGGGAUUUGGGAUUUGUGAUUUGGGGUUUGAGAUUGGGGAUUGGGGAUUUGGGGUUGGGCAUUUGGGGACUUGGGAAUUUGGGAUUGGGGUUUGGGAGAUUUGGGAAUCGUGUCCACCCCCUGGAUCUGGGAAUUUCUCCUACCCAGAUGUUGGGAUCAAAUCCUUGCCCAGAUGUUGGGAUCGGGAUCUCCUGGAGCCCCUGGAAAAUGGGAUUUGUUCUCUCCAGAUGUUGGGCUGGAUUUGGGGAUUCGGGAUUGGGGAUUUGGGAUUGGGGAUUUGGGGAUUUGUGUUUUGGGAAUCCUCUCCACCCCCUGGAUCUGGGAAUUCCCCCUGCCCAGAUGUUGGGAUCAGAACCUUCUGGAACAUGGGGAAUUCCCGCCUGGAAUGCCCGGACGGAGGCGAUUCCCCAAUUCCAGACGGGAUUUUGGGAUUCCCCGGUCUCGCUACCCCGAGACAUCCCGAUCCCAAAAAUUCCCGGGUUUUUCCUGGAUUGGCUGGUCCAGCGCGGGCUGCUGGCGCCCCCUGGCGGCGGUGACAGCCGCGGGGUUCGGGGAUGGGAUUUGGGAUUUGGGGUUUUGGGA